AUGCAAACUACCAUAAAUACAUCAACGGAAAUCAUCAAAGAAACUCUUCUAACUCCCAGAUUUUAUACAACAAAUUUUGACGAAAUGGCCCAAUUAGAUAUUUCUUCAAACUUACAAGAAUUUGAAGCUUUACUUAAAGAAUUUAGAGCAGAUUAUAAUCGUCAACACUUUAUUCGAGAUGAAGAAUUUGAACAGUCUUGGGAUAGUUUAGAUGAUCAAACUAAAGCUUUAUUUAUUGAAUUUUUAGAAAGAUCAUGCACAGCAGAAUUUUCUGGCUUUUUAUUAUAUAAGGAGCUAUCUAGAAGAUUACAAACAAGUAGUCCUACUGUAGCUGAAUGCUUCUUAUUAAUGUCUCGAGAUGAAGCAAGGCAUGCAGGAUUCUUAAAUAAAGCUAUUGGAGAUUUUAAUUUAUCAUUAGAUCUUGGCUUUCUUACUAAAAGUAGAAAAUAUACUUUUUUUGCUCCUAAGUUUAUAUUUUAUGCAACAUAUUUAUCAGAAAAAAUUGGAUAUUGGAGAUAUAUUACUAUCUAUAGACAUUUAGAAAAGCAUCCUGAACAUCGCAUUUAUCCUAUAUUUAAAUUUUUUGAAAACUGGUGUCAAGAUGAAAAUCGUCAUGGCGAUUUCUUUGCUGCUCUACUUAAAUCUCAACCUCAAUUUUUAGAUACUUUACAAUCAAGACUAUGGUGCAGAUUUUUUCUUUUAAGUGUAUUUGCUACUAUGUACCUAAAUGAUUUUCAGAGAUCUAAUUUUUACAGAGCUAUUGGAUUAGAUGCUAGACAAUAUGAUAUGCAAGUAAUACGCAAAACAAAUGAAAGUGUAUCACGUAUUUUCCCUGUUGCUCUAAAUAUAGAUAAGCCAGAAUUUUUCCAAUAUUUAGAUGAAUGUGCUACUUAUAAUAGAGCGUUAAUAGAAAUUGAUACGUUACAAUCAAAUAAACUAAUUAAGAACUUAAACAAAUUUCCAAUAUACAUGAAACUGACUAAAAAAUUAAUCCAGCUUUUCUUUAUAACUCCUAUUAAAUCUACACAAGUUGCAUUAACUAUUCGAUAA